GGGCAGUGCGAGGGCGGCUCCGGGUCCUUCAGAACCAGACCUCGCCCUCCGGAGCGAACCCCCGCGCGAGAAGCGGAAGUUCUGAGAACGCGGUGAUUGUGCUCUCGCCCCCCCAUGCCCUUCUGAAAUUCUGCGAAGUAACUGCUUCGGCUCCGUCUGGUUUGCGGUAGCUGACGCCGCUUCGGGAGCACCGCUCUGAUUGUGUCUCCACGCGUGUAGGAGCUGCUGAGUCUGGUACUUGUAUAGAACGUCGUGGGUCGUGUCCUUGGUUAUAAACUGAUUCAAAAAUGGCUUUGUAGAAUUUGGAGUCCCUCCGGGGAAAGACGAGGUGAAUAGGCAGAGCGCGGGCGAAGUUCAAGGCAGCAGCACUAUUUUGUGUGAUCCUGUAGUGAUGGGAUGGAUCACCGUACGCUUGUCAGAACCCAUAGAAUGUGCAGAACCAGGAACACCGUGACGUAAACUAUGGACGUUGGAGACAAUGAUAUGUCGAUGUGUUCAUCAGCUGCAAUAAAUUCCCUGACUGGUGUGGAAUUUGGAUAGCAGAUGGGCCUAGGUCAUGAGCAAGGAUUUGGAGCCCCCUGUUUAAAAUGCAAAGAAAAAUGUGAAGGAUUUGAACUGCACUUCUGGAGAAAAAUAUGUCGCAACUGCAAGUGCGGCCAAGAAGAGCAUGACGUCCUCCUGAGCAGCGAAGAGGACCGGAAAGUGGGGAGGCUGUUCCAGGACACCAAGUACACCACCCUGCUCGCAAAGCUGAAGUCCGACGGGAUCCCCACGUACAAGCGCAACGUUAUGAUUCUCACCAACCCCGUCGCUGCCAAGAAGGACGUCUCCAUCAACACCGUCACCUACGAGUGGGCCCCUCCUGUGCAGAACCAGGCCCUGGCCAGGCAGUACAUGCAGAUGCUGCCCAGGGAGAAGCAGCCCGUGGCAGGCUCGGAGGGAGCGCAGUACCGCAAGAAGCAGCUGGCUAAGCAGCUCCCGGCGCACGACCAGGACCCGUCCAAGUGCCACGAGCUGUCGCCCAAAGAGGUGAAGGAGAUGGAGCAGUUCGUGAAGAAAUACAAGAGCGAGGCCCUGGGAGUCGGAGACGUCAAACUUCCCUGUGAGGUGGACACCCAAGGUCCCCACAAAGCGCACCUCCCUGGAGGGGACAGAAGCACCCCAGCAGCGGCGGGGGCCGUGGAGGACAAAUCUGCAGAGCACAGACAGUCCCAAUAUUCCUGCUACGGCUGCGCCCUGGGAAUGAAGGAGGGGGACCCGGCCAUCUACGCGGAGCGGGCCGGCUACAGCAAGCUGUGGCACCCGGCGUGUUUCGUCUGCAGCUGCUGCGGGGAGCUCCUGGUCGACAUGAUUUACUUCUGGAAGAACGGGAAGCUGUUCUGCGGCAGGCACUACUGUGACAGCGAGAAGCCCCGCUGUGCUGGCUGUGACGAGCUGAUAUUUAGCAAUGAGUACACUCAGGCGGAAAACCAGAACUGGCACCUGAAGCACUUCUGCUGCUUUGACUGUGACUGCGUCCUCGCCGGGGCCGUGUACGUGAUGGUCGAGGAGAGGCCGGUGUGCAAGCCCUGCUACGUGAAGAACCAUGCUGUGGUGUGCCAGGGGUGCCACAACGCCAUCGACCCGGAGGUGCAGCGCGUGACCUACAACGGCUUCAGCUGGCACGCGUCCACGGAGUGCUUCCUGUGCUCCUGCUGCAGCAGGUGCCUCAUCGGGCAGAAGUUCGUGCCCGUGGAGGGGAUGGUCUUCUGCUCGGUGGAGUGCAAGAAGAUGAUGUCCUAGGAGAGCACCGGGCGGUCUGGGCCGCCGCUGCAGAGUGUCCGCGUUUCUACUGUAAAAUGCCAUUGGAAGAAGAUGAAAAGAAAGAGUACUAUAGAGGCAAGCAGAAGAUUGUAUUUUCCUCAUCAGAUUUUUCUGUCUUAACUUCAAAAAUGUUCAUUAAACAUUUGAUUUUAAAAAUGGUGAUGACCCCUAGCUUUCCUCUGCUUCCUAAAUGUGAAGUCUUUGAAUUGGAAGCUUGAGUUUAAUUAAUCUUCAUAUCCCUAUACCACUGGUGCCAAAAACUAUGUAUAUAAAACAAAGUUAGUGUCUUGGAUGGAAAGAUGAACUUUUCUGAUUUUACAUUCCUCUUUCUCCUUCGUGUGUAAAACCAGACCUGGCCUAAGGCCGAGGCUUUACGGGUAUUGCUUGGCCGUGCUCCGGAGCUUCGUAGUGCACGUGAGCGCAGCUCGUGGGUGCGCAGUGAGCUAGCGCAGCGCAGCACCUGGAGCGGACUUAACGCCCGCGCGCUCACGGUCCGGACUUAGGCGCGGGGGCGUCGCCUCCUUGCGUUUCUCUGCGGCUCACUUAGCCUGCCUCUCGCUGGUCUCUGUAAGCCGCUGACGUCCGUCUGCGGCCUUGAGUAUUCUUUAUCACAGGUGGCAUAACACCAUCCACACUUUUUACUUCUGUAGGUUUUCGUCUAGGCAUAACCAGCCUCGUACUGUUUUUAAUCCAAAGAAUAUGUAUAGUUUUUAUACCCAGGUAACUAUAACUUGCACUUACUGCGCUUCUCUGCCAUGGUUUGAAUGACAUUUUUUGCGUGGUUCUUAAUCUUACCUAAUGGAUUCUGUCGUAGAAUAUUUCUAAACCCAUUCAUAGAUACAUAAAAUGUAUUUUCCAGUAUACUCCCAUCUGUGGAUAUUUCUGAUGUUUAUUUUUCCCUAUAUACUGCCAAACACAGCUAUGCACUAUGAAAGUUAAAUGGAACAAAUGAUACGUAUAUUAUUAUUCAAAAUAAAGUCUUUAAAAAUUA